GUCAGUCGUCGAGCUAAUCAAGCAGCAACAACUCGAAAAGUGAGUCCCACAUUUGGAGAGGAAGCAAACUGUGUACGGAAAUUCGACUCACGAUGAAGCUGCUUUGGCUGAGCAUUUGGCUGCUGAGCCAGUCCACAGUGAUGCAAAUAAAUGGGUAUUGCCUCAGGCAGUCGCUGCCCAUGGAGAAUGGUGCCGCACGCCACAUGUGGCGCGCCACGGGCUGGCCGGCGGACACAGGCAGCUGUGCUGGGCCAGCAGCUCUGCUGCGGUCAGCCACUGACGGCGAUGGGGCAGCAGCUGCAGGCCUUGCCACGCCCAAUGCCACAGCCACAGGCAAAGCCACAGCAGCAUCAGUUCAAGCUGUGAGCCUGGCCAAUUAUGUCUACCAAUGCGCCAGCAAGCGUGCGCCAAAUCUCUCGCCUGAUUUGACAUCAGCUUCGAGCCUUCUACGUCCCUACCAGUUGGAGCGGCAACAGUUGACGUUGCCGGCGAUUGCAAUGAACCUGAACCCGGCCAAUCUCUGGCCUGACAAUUAGCGGAAAAUGCAGGCGACACUAGCUGAAAACUCUUAUUAUAUUUUUUAUUGCAUUUAUUUUGUUAUGAAUUGAAAAGCCGUUGUACGUUUAGUAAUAAAUACAGCCAAUA